GGCCUGUAUGAUUGUCUUGUGAGAGAGAAGGGAGCUUGAGUAUGAAGAGGGAGGGAGUAGAGGAAGAAGAAGAGUGAGGGGCCAGUGCGAAUCGGACGAAGGAAGGAGGGUAACACGUGCUUGCCUCCACUGCUCCCACUCCCAUUGCACCCACUGCAUCAUCACAGCCGUCGAUGCAGGUAAUCGACGGCCACAAGUCGUUAGUAUAUAUUCCGUGUCUUCACUGCAGUGGAACGAUCCCCUCGGUGAAGGACCGAGGACUACGGACAACGUGAGCCAAUGGUGGAAGAAGGGGCCGACGGCGGAGGAGAUGGUCCGACGUCGUCAGGCGACCGGUCGUUGAUGGCCGUAGGCCCGCGGACGACCGAUGUCGAAGUGCCUGUACUGUUAGGCGAAAAGAGGGAAAGAACGUUGGGUGAAGACUUGCCGAGUGUGGAUGCGAAAGUGCACAGGAUCUCGAGAGAAGCAGGAGAAACGGAGGAGGAGGAAGAGAGAGAUGGCUGCCCGUCGGGAUCGGGCAAGAAGUGGGACCUGGAGCCGUGGGAGCAGCACGGUUCAAUCAUCAGCUUGGCGCGCUUUGACUACAAGGCUGCAACUGCGGCGUUCACGAAUAGGCGGAAAGGAUUCCUGAUCACGUGUGGCUUCCGGCGUGAGAAGAGCGCAACCAAUGAAGCCUUGGCCUUACUGAGAGAGGUUAUCCAGGGAUAUGCGUCACAUGGACGUUUACCAGGUGACGGGAUCAAGAUAGAGCAAGAUAAUCCACAAUGUUUGGAAGACUCUGCUGCGCUGUCCGAGCCAUCCGUGGGUAUUACCAGUUCAGGAGCUGAGAGGGCAAAAAUUGCCUCCACUCUCCCCGUUAUUGGCUUGCCUGCACAGUCCGAAACAAUUGUAACACCAACAAUCGCUGUUAUUGAUGCGAAUGUACAAGCUUCACGGACUCAGCGCGGGAGUACGGCGAGUGAAGAGGCUGUCACAAAUGUGGAAGGGAAUGGUGAUCCAAAAGAGGUUGCACCGGUGGCAACGCGUGGAGUAAUGACGAAGGUUUGUGAAGCUGUCGGUGCAGCAACCGGAGAAGCCUCCAGAGCGGGGCAAAGCGAUCAGAUUAAUUCUGGUAGGAGCGUGGCAGAAGGGCAAGCCCAAGUGCAGGAAGGUGGGACUGUGGGACAAAAGAAGAAGGAGAGGGAGGAUGAAGAAGGGGAUGUGGUUGUGACAGAGCCUGUACGGCAGAAAAACCAGGUCAAUGGCGGUGCUCCACCCACGGAGAACUACGACUGCGGGUCUAAAGAUCUUCGGUUCUCCCUUGUGAAGAUGGCCUGCAUGGGUGUAGUUAUGUUCUGUCUACCGGAGGGGUCGUCCAUCUGCCCUGUUGCUGUGGUCAGCCAAAUCUUGGAAGAUGCACGAGCAGGGCGCCCAAGCAGAUGGUGCCAGAGGAUACAUCCUGUGCAGACCACAUGUCCGUUGGAGGGAGAGGCAAUUGGAUCAGAAGUACACAAGCUCAUGUCGGCAUUUCUGGAGAGGAGGAGGAGAGAUGGUGAUGAACAGUCAACUGUCAAAUUCGCUGUCGGAUACAAGUCCCGGGCAAAUGCCGGCCAAGGAGGUUCAUUGUUGCCAGGCAAAGGCGGCCAAAAGGCCGCCGCCGAAGUUCUUGGGAGGGCUGAAUGCAUUGUAGUGGUUGCCUCAGCAGUGGAGCAGGCUGUUACGUGCGCAGGUCUCAAAGCAGUUGUCGAUCUCACAUCUCCAGAGGUUGCUGUCAUGGUGGAAGUUGUGCCUGUGGCGGGUGCACGUUCAGCUCUGUGUGCACUCUCAAUUCUUCCUUCAGCCAUGAUCACCACAAAGCCAAAGAUUGCUGUCCGCUUACUCGCAGCUUCAUCGACCUAGGCCCUAGGGGUGCCCAAUUUUCCUCACUGACAACUAAGCCAAUGAGGGGAGCACACCUUGACAGCAGCCUUGUGGCUGAAUGGUACACACAUGAAGCUGUUGAUAAACAGAUCAUGAGUUCAAAUCCUGAAGCAGCGAAGCUGAAGAUUGCUAUUCGCUUACUUGUAAGUUGUAACGUUAUCGAGCUGGGGCAUCCAGUAAUAUUCCUCAUGGACAACGAAGCCCAAGAGGAGAGAGACUUUGUCAUAGACUUGUGAUUGAGUGGCCCUUGCAUGUAGUUGUCGAUAAAAAGACCAUGAGUUUAAAAUUCAAACCCUCAUGCUGAAGAUUGUUAUCCGCUUGUGUAACUUUAUCGAUCUAGCGCAUCCAACUUUCCUCACGGACAACCAAGCCACAGAAGAGAAAAAAAAAAAAGAGAGAGAGAGAGAGAAAAUAAUAAUAAGAAUAAUAAUUUAAAGAGAGAGAGAGAGAGAGAGAGAGAGAGAGAGAGAGAGAGAGAGAGAGAGAGAGAGAGAGACUUGACACCAGCCUUGUGGUUGCAUGGCACACACACAUAGCUGUUCGUAAACAGAUCACGAGUUCAAAUCCUGAAGUGGAAGGUUGCUGUUCGCUUACAUGUAACUUUUUCAAGCUAGGGUAUCCAACAUUCCUCACAAACAACGAAGCGAACAAGGGGAGAGCCUUGACACAGCCUUGUGGCUGAAUAGCGCACGCAGAUGGGUAUUGAUGAGCAACAGAUCACGAGUUCAAAUCCUGAUGUAUACAAUAGUGUUAGGGGCUGAACCCCUCUCAAGAACAACAAACAGGAGAGGGUGCGGCUAUGGGUUUUACUAAGGAAAAAAUGAAACAGUUUUCACCUU